AUGGAUGUCAUGUUGGUGCUAUUCAUGUUGCUCUGCAGCUCAGGACUCCAGGCUGAAGGAAAACACAAUUCAGCAGAGCCUGAUGAUGUCAGGUUGGUGGGAGGAGCCAGCCGCUGUGCUGGUACACUGGAGAUCAAACACCAAGGAGACUGGAGACCAGGUGAUGACAUGUACUUUGACUGGACCCUGAAGACAGCAGCUGUAGUGUGCAGACAGCUGGGCUGUGGCUCUGCAGUUUCUACAGACAGGAGAGAGGAUUCCUCAGACAGAUCUGUGUGGUGGAUCAGACCUGACUGCCAUCAACUUGGAUCUACUCUGAGGGAGUGUGUAGAGACCAGGUCUGAUGCUUCCUCUUCCAACCUGCAAAUCGUCUGCUCAGAGUCUGUGAGGCUGGUGAAUGGAAAUAGUUUGUGCUCAGGCAGAGUGGAGGUGAAGUCUAACCAGUCAUGGACCUCAGUGUGUGAAGCUGACUUUGACCAGCAGGAUGCAGAGGUGGUCUGUAGGGAGCUUGGCUGUGGUGCUCCUUCAGUCUUCCAGGGGGCGCUCUAUGGAGAAGCAGAGGCUCCAAUGUGGACCAGAGAGUUCCAGUGUGAAGGCAGUGAGUCCGUUCUCCUGGACUGUGGAAGCUCGGGCACAGUUAGAAACAAGUGCUCACCUGGUGACGCUGUUGGACUCACCUGCUCAGAGCCUGGUGAUGUUAGGUUGGCAGGUGGAGCCAGCAACUGUUCUGGAAGAUUGGAGGUGGAAUACCAUGGAGACUGGAGACCAGCGUAUGACUGGUACUGGAACCUGAAGGCAGCAGCUGCAGUGUGCAGACAGCUGGACUGUGGCUCUGCAGCUUCUACAGACAGAAGAGAGGAUUCCUCAGACAGAUCUGUGUUCUGGGUCAGUCCUGACUGUCUUCAGUCUGGAUCUACAUUGAGGGAGUGUUUAGCAUUAAGGCCUGAUACUUCUUCUUCCAGCCUGCAGAUCACCUGCUCAGAGUCUGUAAGGCUGGUGAAUGGAAAUAGUUUGUGCUCAGGCAGAGUGGAGGUGAAGUCUAACCAGUCGUGGUCCUCAGUGUGUGAAGCUGACUUUGACCAGCAGGAUGCAGAGGUGGUCUGUAGGGAGCUUGGCUGUGGUGCUCCUUCAGUCUUCCAGGGGGCGCUCUAUGGAGAAGCAGAGGCUUCAGUGUGGACCAGAGAGUUCCAGUGUGAAGGCAGUGAGUCCGUUCUCCUGGACUGUGGAACCUCGGGCACAGUUCGAAACACCUGCUCACCUGGCGACGCUGUUGGACUCACCUGCUCAGAGCCUGAUGAUGUCAGGUUGGUGGGAGCCAGCCGCUGUGCUGGGAGACUGGAGGUGAAACACCAGGGAGACUGGAGACCGGUGGAUGACUCACACUAUGAAUGGAUCCUGAAAGCAGUAGAUGCAGUGUGCAGAAAACUGGGCUGUGGCGUUGCAGUUUCUACAGAGAGGAAGAAGGAUUCUUCAGUCAAAUCUGUGUGGUGGAUCAGACCUAACUGUCAUCAGACUGGAUCUACACUGAGGGAGUGUGUAGAAACCAAGUCUGAGUCUUCUUCUUUCAGUUUGCAGAUCACCUGCUCAGAAUCUGUGAGGCUGGUGAAUGGAAAUAGUUUGUGCUCAGGCAGAGUGGAAGUGAAGUCUAACCAGUCGUGGUCCUCAGUGUGUGAAGCUGACUUUGACCAGCAGGAUGCAGAGGUGGUCUGCAGGGAGCUUAGCUGUGGUGCUCCUUCAGUCUUCCAGGGGGCGCUCUAUGGAGAAGCAGAGGCUUCAGCGUGGACCAAAGAGUUCCAGUGUGAAGGCAGUGAGUCCGUUCUCCAGAAAUGUAGAAGGUCUGGCACAGUUAGAAACACCUGCUCACCUGGCGACGCUGUUGGACUCACCUGCUCAGAGCCUGAUGAUGUCAGAUUGGGGGGAGGACGCGGCCGCUGUGCUGGUACAGUGGAGGUGAAACACCAGGCAGACUGGAGACCAGUGUAUGACCGAUACUUUGACUGGAACCUGAAGGCAGCCGCUGUAGUGUGCAGACAGCUGGAUUGUGGCUCUGCUGUUUCUACAGAGAGGAGAGAGGAUUCUACAGAACAAACUGUCUUGGAUGUUGGGGCUCGCUGUGAUGGUUCUCACUCUGCACUGAGAGAGUGUGUUGUAAAGAUGAAUUUACAUGAUACCUUUUCCAGGUUGGAGGUGAUCUGCUCAGAUCUGCUGGGUCAGCCAAUCAUCUCCUUGUCUUCUUCUGUGGAUGGGGGUCUUCAGGUGCUCAGGGGCUCCAGCUUCAGCAUCAGCUGCUCCAUCCAGUCGCAUUACCCAGGAGGCUCCUUCCAGCUCACAUUAACCUCCUCCAACACAACACACACCCACACCCUGCCGGCUGUCAAUUACACUGCACACUUCCUAUUUCCCGCUGCAGAGCCCACCCACCAAGGGAGAUACAUCUGUGUUUAUCACAUCAAUAUUUCUUCUCAUCACUUCUCCUCUGAGAGCCAGCCCCUCUCUCUCACUGUCUCAGGUAACCUGAGUCUGAAGCUGAAGCCAGCAGCACAUGUGACAGUGUUAACAGACGGGGAUGCGUCUGCAGCUGAUUUCAUCAUCAGGCUGGUUGUCCUGCCUGUGGUUAUGGUGUCGCUUACCACUGCCCUCUACUUCUACUGCAAGGUACGGCCACCUCGGGGCGGAAGCCAGGAAGAGACCAGAGCACUGAGCCGCAUUAUGAUAGCCUUGAUUGGUCCCGUUCUUAAGGUGUGCCGGGGGAAGAGGCAGUAG